AUGGCCUGGAGCAAUCAGUCUGUGGUAACCGAAUUCAUGCUACGGGGUCUAUCCAGUUCUUUAGAACUCCAGAUUUUCUACUUCCUGUUUUUCUCCAUAGUCUAUGCAGCCACUGUGCUGGGGAACCUUCUUAUUGUGGUCACCAUUGCAUCAGAGCCGCACCUUCAUUCCCCCAUGUACUUUCUGCUGGGCAAUCUCUCCUUCAUUGACAUGUCCCUGGCCUCAUUUGCCACCCCCAAAAUGAUUACAGACUUCCUUAGUGAACACAAAGUCAUCUCUUUUGAAGGCUGCAUGACCCAGAUAUUCUUCCUACAUCUCUUAGCGGGUGCUGAGAUUGCACUGCUGAUCUCCAUGUCCUUUGAUAGGUACGUGGCUAUCUGUAAGCCUCUACGUUACCUAAGAAUCAUGAGCCGGAGAAUGUGUGUUGGGCUUGUGAUACUUUCCUGGAUUGUCGGCAUCUUCCAUGCUCUGAGUCAGUUAGCAUUUACAGUGACUCUGCCCUUCUGUGGACCCAAUGAAGUAGACAGUUUCUUUUGGGACCUCCCUUUGGUGAUUAAACUCGCUUGUGUCGACACAUAUAUUCUGGGGGUGUUCAUGAUCCCAACCAGUGGCAUGACUGCCCCGGUGUGCUUCAUCCUCUUGGUGAUCUCCUACACUAUCAUCCUGGUCACCGUUCGGCAGCAUUCCUCUGGUGGAUCCUCCAAAGCCCUCUUGUGGCCUUUCACAAAUUUCCCAAUAGACAAAGUACUCUCAGUGUUUUAUACUGUAUUCACUCCCCUCUUGAAUCCAGUGGUCUAUACCCUUAGGAAUAAAGAUGUCAAGUAUUCCAUGAGGAAACUAAGCAGCCAUAUCUUUAAAUCUAGGAAGACUCCUUAA